CUUCUCACACUCGAUCGAUCACCACCACCAUCCACGGAAGCGCCAACCACCACCACCUCCACUCCAUCGAUCGAUCGCUAACUCAUCGCCAUCCUCUCCGUUUGAUCGAUCGUGUAGCAUAUCUUUGAGGAAACUGAGCUCGAGCUGCGAUCGAACACGAUGCCUCCGAACGGGCAGGGCAUGCACGGCGGGGCCGCCGGCGUAGUCGCCUUACCGCCGCAGGCCACGCCGGCGCCGGCAUCGUCCAAGAUGGACUGCUUCUUGACGUCCGUCUGCACGCCGCUCAACCUCCAGUUCAUCGACGUAGCCUACCGCGUCAAGGUGGAGCGCACGGCUGCUGCGGCGGGGAAGGAGCCGCCGGGGAGGAUAUCGCACUCGGGCGGAGGCGGCGGAGUGAUGGGCGGCGUCGGGGCCGUGGAGGAGCGGACGAUCCUCAAGGGGAUCACGGGCGAGGCGCGGCCCGGUGAGGUUCUGGCGGUGCUGGGCCCGUCGGGGAGCGGCAAGUCGACGCUGCUCUCCAUCCUGGGCGGCCGCAUCUCCGGCCGCCACACCGGCACCGUGCUGGCCGGCGGGCGCGCGCCGUGCCGCGCCGUGCAGCGCCGUACGGGGUUCGUGGCCCAGGACGACGUGCUCCACCCGCACCUCACCGUCCGCGAGACGCUCGCCUUCUGCGCCAUGCUGCGGCUCCCCACAUCUGCCCCGACCUCCGCCAAACUCGCCGCCGCCGAGGCGGUGAUCGCGGAGCUGGGGCUGGGCGCGUGCGCCGACACCAUCGUGGGCAACGCGUUCGUGCGCGGCGUGUCGGGGGGCGAGCGGAAGCGCGUGAGCAUCGGGCACGAGCUGCUGGUGAACCCCAGCUUGCUCGUCCUCGACGAGCCCACCUCCGGACUUGACUCCACCGCCGCCUCCCGCCUCGUGGCCACGCUGACGGCGCUGGCGAGGAAAGGCCGCACGGUGGUGCUAUCGGUGCACCAGCCGUCCAGCCGCGUGUACCGGGCGUUCGACUCCGUGCUGCUGCUGGCGGAGGGGAGCUGCAUGUACUACGGGCCGGGGCGCGACGCCAUGGACUACUUCGCCUCCGUCGGCUUCGCGCCGGGGUUCCACGUCAACCCCGCCGACUUCAUGCUCGACCUCGCUAAUGGCUUUGCUCAAGCAGAGUACAGCGACUCCCCGGCGGCGGGAGGCAGCGUGAAGCAGACGCUCAUAGCAUCCUACAGCAGGGUGCUGGCCCCCAAGGUGAAGGCCGCCAUCAACGCGGGCGCGCUCGUUCCCGACAACCACGCGUCCAGGGAGCACCAGCAGCAGCCGCAGCCGCUGGAGAGCUGCAGCGGGUGCACGACCUGGACGAACCAGUUCACCAUCCUGCUCAGGCGCAGCCUCAAGGAGCGCCGCCACGAGACAUUCACCUCGCUGCGCCUCUUCCAGAUCAUCGCGCCGGCGCUGGUGGCGGGGUCCAUGUGGUGGCGGUCCACGCCGCUGGAGGUGCAGGACCGGAUGGGCCUGCUCUUCUUCGUCUCCAUCUUCUGGGGCGUUUUCGCCUCCUUCAACGCCGUCUUCGCCUUCCCGCAGGAGCGGCCCGUGCUGGCCAGGGAGCGCGCCUCGGGGAUGUACUCUCUCUCGGCCUACUUCAUGUCCAGGAUGGCCGGCGACCUGCCCAUGGAGCUCGCCCUGCCAACCGCCUUCACCGUCAUCGUCUACCUCAUGGCCGGCCUCAACCCGGCGCCCACCGCGUUCGCGCUCACCCUCCUCGUCAUCCUCUGCUACGUGCUCGUCGCCGAGGGGCUGGGGCUCGCCAUCGGCGCCCUCAUGAUGGACGCCAAGCGCGCCUCCACGCUCGCUACCGUCAUUAUGCUCGCCUACCUCCUCACGGGCGGCUUCUACGUGCACAACGUGCCAGGGUUCAUGGUGUGGGCCAAGUACACCUCCUUCACAUACUACUGCUUCCGCCUGCUCAUCGCCGUGCAGUACGGCGGCCACCUCGCUCGGCUGCUCCCGCCGGACUCAACGCACGGCGAGGCCAGCACGGCGACCUGCAUCGCGGCGCUCGUCGCAAUGUUCUUCGGGUACCGGCUCCUCGCCUACCUCGCGCUGCGCCGUGUCAGGACGUGACCGAUGCUUCCUGCACACGGCCACGCGCCGCCGCAUGCAGCUCUAGCGUAGCAGGUGUCAAUUAGUAGACCAUUCAGGCCAGCCCAGUCUAGCGAACGCGCGCGCACGCGCGGUAACUGAAUUUAACUGAUCCGCGCGUGCCGCGCGUCGCCAGCGUCGAAGAAAAUGGCUCGGGCGGGGCGCUGGACUGACUAAGGGAUUCUAGUGUUGUUGGCACGGUGGUCGUUCUUCCCUGGGCGAUCCAUCGACCAGGGUUUCUUCUCUUGCUCAUAAUCUGUUCCUCAGUUCUCUGGGUUGGUUUCCUUCUUGCUGGAUCAACAAGUCUCUUCUGGCAAGCCAAUCACGAUUGAUUAAUCCCGUGUAAUUUUAUUAUUCUCUAAUCAGAUCGAUUCGUUAAGACUGUAAUCGAUAGAUGUGUAUGAGAAUGCAAAUUGUUUCCUUUGCAGAA